AUGUCCAUGAAAGCUAUCGUCAAGUCCGUCCUCUCUGGGGACACCCUCGUUCUGCGUGGCCGUCCCGGUCCACAGGGCCAGGCUCCCAAGGAACGGAUCCUGCAUAUCGCUGAUAUCGCCGCGCCGCGGAUGGGGAAUACUACGCGUGAGGACGAGCCCUGGGCGUUCGAAUCGCGCGACUUCCUCCGCGCCGUCGCAGUCGGCAAAGAAGUCUCCUUCACCUCCAUCCACAGCCUCCCCGCCAACCCUAACGCCGCCACCGACGACGUCCAGCGCGACGUCGGCACCGCCGAGAUCGCAGGCGCGGACGUCGCCUCCGAGAUGCUCAAGGCCGGCUGGGCGAAGCUGAAAGAGGUAUCGAAGCGCGAGGCGACCGACGAGGACGCGCGGAAGCGCGAUGUCGAGGCUGAGGCGAGGGCGGCGGGGAAGGGGUUGUGGAAUCCGCAUGGGCCGCAGGCUGUUGAGGUGCAUUAUACGAUGCCUGAGGAUUCGCAGGCGUUUGUGACGGAGUGGAAGGGCAAAUCGAUAGAUGGCCUCGUCGAGCAGGUUCGCGACGGAUCGACGCUCCGCAUCCGCCUUUUCUUGCCCGACCGCGUGCAUCAGCUAGUCAACAUUGCUCUCGCCGGCGUGCGGUGUGCUAAAGUGGCGUCAAAACAGGGCGAGGUGUCGGAGCCGUGGGGCGAGGAGGCCAAGUUUUUCACAGAAUCAAGACUCCUCCAGCGCGGCGUCAAAGUCACGAUCCUCUCGCUCCCGACGGCGGCGGCGACGCCGUUCCAGUCGAGCGCGUCGAGCCAGCAGAGCGCGCCCGCGCCCGCGUCGAUCUUCAUCGGCGCGGUCCUGCACCCCGCGGGCAACGUCGCGGAGUUCCUCGUCGGCGCUGGGCUCGCGCGCGUUGUGGACUGGCACGCUGGGAUGCUUGCGGCGGGCGGCGGGAUGGAGCGGUUGCGCGCGGCGGAGCGUGCGGCGAAGGAGCGUAGGCUGGGGUUGUACGCGCAGGCGCCUGGUGCUGCUGCGUCGGGUGCGUCGGGUGCGUCGGGUGCGUCGGGCGCGGGGGCCUCUGGGAAGUCGAACGGGGCGGCGGCGGGAAGCGGAGGUGGGAGCGGGCUGCCGCGCGUGUUUGACGGGACGGUUGUGCGCGUGUGGAGCGCGGAUCAGGUUACGGUUGCGGAUAAAGAGACGGGUAAGGAGCGGAGGGUGCAGUUGAGUUCGACGAGGGGGCCCAAGGUGUCGGACCCGAAGCAGGCGUUUUAUGCGCAGGAGGCGCGCGAGUUCCUGCGCAAGCGGUUGAUCGGAAAGCAUGUCAAGGUCACAGUCGACUUUGUGCGCCCGCCCGAGGGCGGAUUCGAGGAAAGGGAGUGUGCGACGGUGCGCUAUGGUGGGCAGAACACGAACGUUGCUGAGCAGCUUAUCGAAAAAGGGUUGGCUGGCGUUGUGCGGCAUCGGCGGGACGACGAGGACAGGUCGCCCGACUAUGAUAAGCUGAUGGCUGCUGAGCAGAUUGCCUCGACGGAAGGUCGUGGGAUGUACUCGACCAAGGAACAGCCCGCGCCGAAGCAGCCGCUGAACAUCUCCGAGUCGUCAAGUCGUGCCACCCCGUUCAUCAACGGCUUCAAGAGACAAGGCAAAAUCCCAGCCAUCGUCGACUACGUCGCUGCUGGCUCACGAUUCAAACUGCUCCUGCCGCGCGACAACCAGGUGCUGACGCUCGUGCUCGGCGGGAUCCGUGCGCCGCGUACGGCGCGCAACGCGACGGAGAAGAGCGAGCCGUGCGGCGCGGAGGCGGCCGAGUUCGCGAGCCGGCGGUAUAUGCAGCGCGACGUCGAGUUCGAGGUGGACACGGUGGACAAGUCGGGCGGGUUCAUUGGCGCGCUGUAUCUCCGGGGCGAGAACGCGGCGGUUGCGCUGGUGCGGGAGGGGCUGGCGAGUGUGCAUGCGUUUUCGGCGGAGGCAUUGAGCUGGGCGGGGCAGUUGUAUGAGGCGGAGGCAGAAGCGAAGAAGGCAAAACGGAACUUGUGGCAAGAUUACGACGAGUCUGCCGAGCAGGUAAUUGAGGAAGUGCCGGAUGACAACGCCCCGUUGAAGACAGAGUACAUGGACGUCAUCAUCAGUGACGUUCGUCCGAAGAACGGGCUUACGUUCUCCGUACAGAUACUGAACACCGAGGGUAUCGCAUCGCUAGAGCAGCUCAUGCGCGACUUCUCACUGCACCACAAGUCGGCGGUCGUGCCCGCCGGCUUCAUGCCCAAAGGCGGUGACCUCGUGUCCGCAAAAUUCUCGGAUGGCUCAUGGUAUCGUGCGAAGAUCCGCCGUGCCUCGCCCGUCAAGAAGGAGGCGGAGGUGACGUUCAUCGACUACGGCAACCAGGACACUGUCGCGUUCAAGGAUAUCCGGCCGCUGGACCCCAAGUUUCGCUCGUUGCCUGGCCAGGCGCACGAUGCGCGGCUCAGCUUCAUCAAGCUGCCCGACGACAACAGCGAGUACCAGCCCGAGGCGAUCGACCGCUUCCGGGCGCUGUGCGAGGGCCGCAAGCUGGUCGCAAACGUGGACCACCGCGAAGGCGCGCUGCUGCACCUGCGGCUGAUCGACCCGAGCGAUCCCGCGGCGCAGGAGGACCCGCUGGCGUGCGUCAACGCGGAUUUGCUCCGCGAGGGUCUCGCGGCGAUCGACCGCAAGGGGUGCAGGUAUCUCGCGGCGUAUGCGCAGGUCGCGCGGAAGCUGAGGCAGGCAGUUGAGGGCGCGAAGCGGGAUAGGCUUGGGAUGUUUGAGUUUGGGGAUGUGGAGGAGGAUUAUGAGUAG